CAGCAGCGAGGUGGGCGUGGUCUUCGGGCGAGGAAGAUGGCGUCGGCCAUGCUGGUGCUUGUCGUCCCACCGUGGCCGGCAGCCCGGGGACUCCUCCGGAGCUGUUGGGAACUACUACAGCGGAAACUUCGGCAGAGCGGACCAGGUUUUCCCAGUCCUCCGUGGGGACCGGCAUUAGCAGUCCAAGGUCCAGCUAUAUUUACAAAACCAGCAAAUGAUACCAAUGGAAGUAAGGAGGUUUUCAGCCUUUCCGAUAGUAGUAUCUUUUGGAUGGCAGCUCCUAAGAACAGACGCAGCAUUGAAGUUAACCGCUGUAGGAGAAGAAACCCUCAGAAGCUUAUUAAAGUUAAGAACAAUAUUGACGUUUGUCCUGAAUGUGGUCACCUGAAACUGAAACACGUCCUUUGUGGCUAUUGCUAUGAGAAAGUGUGCAAGGAGACUGCAGAAAUCAGAAGACAGAUAGGGAAACAAGAAGGGGGCCCUUUUAAGGCUCCUUCCGUGGAGACUGUGGUGCUGUACACAGGAGAGGCACCGUCUGAACAAGAUCGCGGUAAGAGAAUCAUUGAACGAGACAGGAAGCGACCAUCCUGGUUCACCCAGAAUUAAGACCAAAGGUGUUUGAAGAGGAUACCUUCAUAAAAAACAUUUGUCCUGAAAGAGGAAAAUUCUUUGUUUUCAUGUUGGUUUUGAGCUUGUUUUUAAAUCAUCAAUCUAGUGUAAAAUGUUCUCUCAAAGCAGUUAGUUUUGUGGGGUAAUUUGAAGAAAAUACCAGGAGUAAACUCUGAAAAUACUUGUUUAUACAGAGGCACAAUGUGUUAAUAUGUCUGUUUUCUGUUAUACUGUAAGGUUUUAAGUAAACAUAAAAUUUCCAGUACAGAAAAAUAAAUGAUUUAAAAUUCAUAGCAAGAAUUACGUGUUUUGAUUCUG